AUGCUUCUGCAGAACUGUGGUAUCGGCACCCUUCACAAUGCGAUUUCAAUGGGGGUCUUAGGCCCCAAAUUGGGCCGUUCAGCGGUAACUUCAAGUAUAAGAAUGAUGAAUAGAAAUUCAAGCAGUCUUUUUACACUAAGACCUGCCAUUCGGUUACAGACCAUUGAGUGUGUUCAGCAAUUGAGGUGGCAACACACCGGAGGUGUUAAAAACUCGCAAUCUUUGACGCAGGGUGAAGGAAACUCCUCUGGAUGGAAAGAUAUCAAACGAUUGUUCCAAUUGUCGAGACCAGAAUCCAAAUCGAUGUUCCUGGCGCUGGCAUUAAUCAUUGUUUCGAGUUCUGUAAGUAUGCUUGUGCCUAGUGUUAUCGGAAAAUUGAUGGAUGUAGCUAAAGAAGAUGAUCAUGAGAGUUCUGAAAAUUCAGAAAAUACCACUGCAACACCAAUAAUGGAGAAAAAAAUCUUUGGGCUCACCAUGCCACAAUUCUACAGUACGCUUUUCGGCCUGUUUGUGGUAGGGGCCAUGGCCAAUAUGGGGAGAAUUGUAAUCCUUAAGGUAACGGGAGAAAAAUUGGUAGCACGCUUGCGUACGAGGACCUUGAAAGCAUCAUUACAGCAGGACGCGACCUUUCUGGACAACAACCGCGUGGGAGAUUUGAUCUCCAGACUGUCCUCGGACGCCAGUAUUGUAUCCAAGUCGCUGACGCAAAAUAUGUCGGACGGAACACGCUCUUUGAUACAAGGUUUUGUUGGAUUUGGCAUGAUGAGCUACAUAUCCUUGAAAUUGACUUGUGUGAUGAUGGUUCUUGCUCCUCCUUUAGCUGCCAUGGCUUUGAUUUACGGUAAGAGAAUACGGAACCUAUCGCGCUCAUUGCAAGCGUCUGUAGGAGGUCUUACAAAAGCCGCAGAAGAACAACUUUCAGCUACCAGGACUAUACAGGCUUACGGCGGUGAAAAACAGGCCAUUCACCACUAUGCAAAAGAGGUACGUGAAGUCUAUCAAAUAGGGCUCAAGGAGGCACUUACUUCCGGUGGAUUCUUUGGACUUACAGGACUGGUAGGCAACGUUGCAGUUUUGGCCUUACUUUUGACGGGUACAUCGAUGAUUCGGUCCGGAGCCCUCACGGUUGGCGAUCUUUCCAGUUUCAUGAUUUACGCGGUAUACACAGGAGGCUCAUUGUUCGGAAUGUCAUCCUUCUAUUCGGAGCUGAUGAAAGGCGCAGGUGCCGCUGCUCGAGUGUUCGAACUCAAUGACCGUCGGCCGUUGAUACAUCCUACACGUGGUAUAAGUCCUGGCUCCUUGGCUGGUAAAAGAAUCGAUUUCAAUCACGUCAAGUUCGCGUAUCCAACGCGUCACCAGCACGUCAUAUUCCAGGAUUUAAACAUACGGGUACAUGCCGGGGAGCACGUAUGUAUAGUGGGACCAUCAGGUGGCGGUAAAUCUACGGUUGCAUCUCUUUUACUGCGCUUCUACGAUGUCAACGAGGGUAGUAUCACGAUAGGUGGUCAAGAUAUCCGGAAUUUCAAUUUGCGCAAGUACAGACGUCUACUGGGCGUUGUGCAGCAAGAGCCUCUGUUAUUUAACGGAACCAUUCUUGAUAACAUCCUAUACACGGUUCCCGAGCAUAUCAAGCAUAAUGAGACAUUAGUAUCGCAGGCCAUUGGUCGGGCUAAUUGUUCAGCAUUUCUGGCCAGUUUUCCUGACGGUCUGCAAACACUUGUGGGACCGCGAGGAGCACAGCUAUCAGGUGGUCAGAAGCAGCGUAUUGCACUGGCACGAGCGUUUUUGCUCGAUGCUGACUUGCUGAUACUAGAUGAGGCUACAAGUGCAUUGGAUUCUCGCAGUGAGGAGAUUGUUGCCCGCACGCUAUACUCGCGCAGUGCCAGAGGCAAGACUACAAUCUCUAUUGCUCACCGUGUGUCUACAAUUCAGCACAGCUCGCGUGUGAUAGUGUUGGACAGAACUGGUAGAGUGGCAGAAACUGGCUCUUUCGAUGACCUCAUCGCCGAACCAGCCUCGCAGCUAAACAAGCUCUUACGGAAGGAAGAAGAAGUUCCCGAAGAAGCUGCUCAACAGAAUGCUACAGAGCCAGCGGGGGCUUUUGCAGAAAGAACAGGUUCCGGUGAAUCGAUUGAAAAAGUCUCUUCUGAAGAACCAGCUCAACCAUCCCGUCCAGCAUAG